AUGACUGAGAGAAAUGGAAAUUUUCUGAAUGGAUACAAUAAUUCUGGUGCCAACAAUACCGUGAGUCGUGGUCGGGUGUCUCCAAGUCGCACCAAGCCCGAAGCAAUGGAAUAUUUCAACAAAAAUAAACACUCUGAGGUUGGUGCCAUCAUGAGAGGUGAACCAUUACCAGCAACUCCAAACAGUCGCAAGCUUGGUAUUGAAGAAUUCUUCUUCUCUCUUUUCUCUCCUCUCCUCUCUCUCUUCUCUUCUCUCCUCCUCUUCCUCUCUCCUCCUCUUCCUCUCUCCUCCUCUUCCUCUCUCCUCCUCUUCCUCUCUCCUCCUCUUCCUCUCUCCUCCUCUUCCUCUCUCCUCCUCUUCCUCUCCCUCCUCUUCCUCUCUCCUCCUCUUCCUCUCUCUCCUCUUCCUCUCUCCUCCUCUUCUCCUCUCUUUCUUCUCUCUCCUCUCUUCUUCUCUCCUCUUCUCCUCUCUCUUCUCCUCUCUUCUUCUCUCCUCUUCUCCUCUCUUCUUCUCUCCUCUUCUCCUCUCUUCUUCUCUCUUCUCUCCUCCUCUCUUCUCCUCUCCUCUUCUCCUCUCUUCUUCUCUCCUCUUCUCCUCUCUUCUUCUCUCCUCUUCUCCUCUCUUCUCUCUUCUCUCCUCGAAAUUAUGGUACCCAUUAUAUCUUACAGCAAAUUUUUUUAG